AUGACAUCACGUGAUGAGGCAGUCGCACGCACGCCUCGCCGCUCGUCGCGCGGUGUCUUGCCACCACGUCCGCGGUGCCUGGGUGUGAUGGUGCUCAUUUCGACGUCGGACAACGAGCAAUUUAGCGUGGACCGCGAUGUCGCGGAGAGGUCUUUGCUGAUCAAGCAGCUGAUCGAAGAUAUCGGCGAGUCCGACCAGGCGAUCCCCCUGCCGAACGUCAGCUCGAGCGUGCUGACCAAGGUGCUGGAAUACUGCAGCCACCACCGCAACGAUCCCCUGUCCGUCGCGGACGAGCCGGACGAGAUUCGCCGGCGCGCCACCGACAUUUCUGAAUGGGACGCGCGGUUCAUCCAAGUCGAUCAGGAAAUGCUCUUUGAGAUUAUCCUGGCGGCGAAUUACCUCGAUAUCAAGAGUCUACUGGACAUCGGAUGCAAGACAGUGGCGAAUAUGAUCAAGGGCAAGCAGCCCGAAGAGAUUCGCAAGCUGUUCAAUAUCCAAAACGACUUUACGCCAGAGGAAGAGGCUCAAAUCCGCCGUGAGAACGAAUGGGCCGAAGAUCGCUAG